CGACGCUCGCGCCCCGCGCACCCGCUCCGCUCAUUUAGCCAGCGACGCCGCAGUCGGCGGUGGCAGCCCGCGGCCCGGCCGACGCUGCAGCCGGGCCGGCCCGAGCUCCUUCGAUCGCGACCCUCAUGUGACACCUCGCCGAAAUGAUUGUGCCGAUUGUUUACGUUAACGCUAGUUGAUAACCGAGAGGCCGACGCUGGCAUGCUAAUUCGGACUGUCGGUGGCGGAACGUGGACUGCACGGUGCACGGCGGCGAGAGCGCGCGGACGGCGCGCGGGGAGCGCUCGCGCGGCAGCUCGCGCGCGAGCGGUGGACGCGCGGGGAGUUCGCGCGCGCGACCUGGCGGCGCGGCGCCAUGCGGUAGCGCGGCGGCGCGGCCGAGCGGCGGGCGAGCACUCGUGCGCUCUCGGCUAUGUGCCCCCCUUGCGCUACAUUGUAAGUCUCGAUCAGUCGAUGACACAGCCAAGGAGGACCCAUGUCUUACUGGGGAGGUGUUAGCCUAAGAUGGUGUUGGCGUUUGUGGUCGGAGUCCUGUGCGUGUGGGGCCGCUUGAGCGUCGCAAACCCUGAAGCGAAGCGGCUAUACGACGACCUCCUAUCAAACUACAACAGACUGAUCCGGCCCGUAGGCAACAACUCAGAUCGGCUCACCGUCAAGAUGGGGCUACGGCUUAGUCAACUCAUCGACGUUAAUCUUAAGAAUCAAAUCAUGACAACGAACGUUUGGGUAGAACAGGAAUGGAAUGAUUACAAGCUGAAAUGGAACCCCGACGACUAUGGCGGCGUCGACACCUUACACGUGCCUUCAGAACACAUAUGGCUACCGGACAUCGUGCUGUACAAUAAUGCGGAUGGCAACUACGAAGUGACAAUCAUGACGAAAGCCAUCCUACACCACGACGGAAAAGUCGUUUGGAAGCCGCCCGCUAUUUACAAGUCCUUCUGCGAGAUCGACGUCGAGUACUUCCCUUUUGAUGAGCAGACCUGCUUUAUGAAGUUUGGCUCUUGGAGUUACGAUGGUUAUACGGUGGAUUUGAGGCACUUAAAACAAACACCGGACUCCGAUCAUAUAGGGAUGGGCAUCGAUUUGUCAGAGUACUACAUUUCGGUCGAGUGGGACAUCAUGCGGGUACCGGCCAAAAGGAACGAGAAAUUCUACUCGUGCUGCGAAGAACCUUAUCCUGAUAUAAUUUUCAACCUCACGCUAAGGAGGAAAACUCUCUUCUACACGGUCAAUCUCAUCAUCCCUUGCGUUGGAAUAUCUUUCCUUUCAGUUCUAGUGUUCUACCUCCCGUCGGAUUCAGGAGAAAAAAUCUCACUCUGUAUAUCUAUUUUACUCUCCCUGACCGUGUUCUUUUUACUGUUAGCAGAAAUCAUCCCCCCUACUUCACUCACGGUCCCUUUACUAGGAAAAUAUUUAUUAUUUACUAUGAUGCUAGUAACGUUAUCAGUCGUAGUCACUAUUGUGGUGCUAAACGUAAAUUUUAGGUCUCCGGUCACACACCAUAUGGCUCCGUGGGUACGGAAAGUCUUUAUAGAUUUUUUACCCAGAAUAUUAUGUAUACAAAGGCCGGAAAAGCCGCCUGACGAUGAUGAAAACGAUAAGCCAACUGAGGUACUCACAGACGUGUUUGGUGGCGAUGACAUGGACGGAAAGUUCAAAGAAUGGGCCUGUGAGGAAUACGAGUUGCCAGGAAUGCCUCCUUCACCGCCUCCACCCCCGGGCGGUGACGAUGAACUAUUUUCCCCUCCCCCAGGAUCCCCUUGCCGCUUAGACCUCGACGAUGGCAGUCCGUCUCUAGAAAAACCUUUUGUGAGAGAGAUGGAGAAGACUAUAGAAGGUUCCAGGUUUAUAGCGCAGCAUGUUAAAAAUAAGGAUAAGUUUGAGAGUGUUGAGGAUGAUUGGAAGUAUGUGGCGAUGGUUUUGGACCGAAUCUUCCUGUUCGCGUUCACGAUAGCCUGUGUUCUCGGCACGGCUCUAAUAAUAUUUAGAGCGCCGACAUUCUACGACAAUGCGAAGCCUAUAGAUAUCCUCUACUCUAAAAUUGCCAAGAAAAAGUUGGAGUUGCUCAAAAUGGGCUCGGAAGGCGACCCGGGUCUCUGAAAUUCGUCUUACGUCUUCGGCCACUCGCCGCCGAAGACGUUCUGGGAGCUCAUCGUGAUGUGGUGGCAUGGAUGAUCGAUGUAAGGCUCCCAGUGGGAAUCUGCGAGGCGAGAACUGGUCUUGUGCUCAGUGUGGUGCCAAACGCUCGACGCGUCACGGGACGUUUGUACGCCUGUCGCGUCAAAAACCGUCUUUUAUAUAGAUAAACUCAUUCACGAGACUGUGUCCGUCGUUAGUCGAAUCGAGAACAAAGUAACCUCAAGUUCAUGGGCGUUUUGUGUUGACGUCGAAUCCGCCGUCAAUAUUUUUAUAUUCGAAUCGCCGUAUUAAGCGUAUAUACUUUUUAAGCGUAACAUGUAUGUUUUUCAAUUUCUUAAUCAUCAAAUUUUUCUUACUCAAAAAUGUUAAUUAGUAUGAGCGCACAAACAUUGUAUAGUUUAUUAAGAGGGAUGUUUAGAUUAUUGACAUUGAUUUUGUUACAUUUUAGUAUAUCGAAUGAAAAUAUUACUUACCAUAAAUAUAGGACUAAAUUCGAAUAAAUCGAGCUCAAUUCACGAUUAUUAUUAGAUAAUGUAAUGAGGUAAUUUUCACUCAACGUAUAAUAUUAAUCGAAAAUUACUACAGUUUCUUGAAAACGUCCUCAAUGAGUGUCGGACAUUGUAGGUGAUGUACUUUUAGUAUUACUGGUGAAUUAAAGAUAUAAAAUAUACAUUAUUAGUAUUUUAUAAACUACGUACUCGCGUAAAAAUCAUAAGGACAAUAUCGAUUAAUUGAAGUAAUCGAAUAAUCGUAACUCCCCGUAGGUUUACUUUAAGGGAUUGUAGAUAUUACUAGGUAAGCCAAAACAUCAGAAAUGAUGAUUGAUGAUACUCGAAAUAAUAAUGCCAAUAUAGUUGUAAUGUCACGUUGAGACGGUGAUAAUAAUAAUUAUGGUUUUAUUAGAUAUAUUUAUAAAACACAAUUGACUGCCAAUUGUAAUUUAAAUUUUUAUAAAAUUCGAUAUUCUUAGAUAGUUUGAUAACUUGUUUAAUUAAAAUUGUUUUAAAGGUGCCAAAUACCGCCAACUGCAUUAUAGUUUCGGAGGCCAAAUAAGAACUAUUGUUAAUUUGUAAGAGCUGUCGUUCACGUUGUUUUAAGUGCGCUUUUUCAUAUUCUGACAUCUCCAAAUGCUUGUCCUACAUAAGCAAUGACUGAAAGUUCUAUUAAUACGUCUGCAAUUUGCUAGAUAUUGGUUAUUUUUCAAACCAAAGUACCGUAUUCCAUUAAUCCUAGAGUACAGGGUAAAAUUAGUACACAAAUUUCUUCCCCUGAUUUUAUUCUCACAGUUUCACUAAUUGUAAAGUCUUUUUACUCACUUAUCGGCACUCUCACUCGUCGUAGAUAAUAAAAUCAUUGUUGAAGUUGGUCAUUACUAGUCGUAACGUGUAGGUAGCCAACGGUCAUAUUUUGGUUUUAGAUUAGAAUCUAUGUUAUAGCGAAUGGUCGAAGCUCCGUCGCGCUUAGGUUUGACUAGAAAACCAAUUCUGACCAGAGGUCUUAACAAACCGCCAACUUUUGACUGACGAAUUUUUAGUCUAUUCCAGGAGUAGGUACCUAAUAGUUUGUUAGUCAAAAGUCGAAAAUUUGGAAUUUUGACCUCACACCACAUCUAAAGAAUUAUUUCUCAAACCAGGUAGCAACAGAGUUUGGGUUUUUGAGUAUAACAUUAUUUUUAGGGGUCAAUUUUUUGUUACCAAUUCACGUUCAUAAAUUUAGAUAGGUCGUAUUUCGAAAUCGAUUCCAACAUUUAUACCUUAACUCAUAUUAACCAUGUUAAGUGUGACAUCACCUCGACCCAUAACGUAGGGUAACGUAGCCUUUGUCGUAAUAAAAAAAAAUUUCGAGCCGCGUAUUUAAUAUGUCAAAGUAACUCAUGAUAAUGAUUAGAUAAUGAUUACCUAGUUAACUCUGAUAGGUAUUAUUCAUAUUUUAAUUAAUGAAAAUCAACAGCGAGCAGUAGGCUUAGUACGAGUUUGCACAUCUCGACAACGUUGAGAGAGUUCGAAUACUAUAAUACUAUAACGUUAAAUUAAAAUUGACCUAAAUUGCUUUGUUUUAAGGUUUAUUUAAGUGGAAACAUUGGGAAAUAAAAAGAAUUAAAAAUAAGUGGUACUGAAGUACGACUUUAAAACAAGUGUCUUUAAGUAAAUUUUAUUAUGACGUUAUAGUGUUUCAAUACUCAAAAUCUGUCUACGUUAUGGAGAUAUGCAAAUUCGUACUAAGGGUACCGUUAGGAAAACAGGGAUGGUUAUAGUAAAAUAAUUCAAACUGUUUUGUGUGAUUCGUCUCAAUAUUUAUAAGUGUUAUUGAAUGUGUAUAGCUGUUUGUGCCAAUAAAUGCGAUACAUUCGGCUAGAGUAGAUUAGAGAAUACGUAAAAAUGCGUUAGUUGUACGUGGGGGAUACGAAAGGUGCUCAAGAAGCCCUUGAACGCUCGCUAAAGGUUGAAGACGUUUAAUAUUAGCUCAAUCUUAAGAGAAGUCACAAAAAUGUUGUAAGUAAGCAGCUCUGAGUGUUUUAAAAUCUUAAUAGAUAGUACUUAUAUGGAAUAAUGUACGUGAUGUCAUAAACCGUGGUCUGUUAUAAACGCCGUAGGUGAAACAGCGUCAGACGUGUGAGAAAGAACACUAUGAUGUAUUUCCAUAUUAUUAAUAAAAGGUGGAAACA